CAUUUUGUCCAUACCACAUUGGUCACUUCUCCAUUGUUGGCCUGGGCUUUGAAGAAUAUGUUCAAGCAUCUCACUUUGAAGGCCUGAUUACAACUAUAGUUGGAUACGUUCUGCUAGCAGUGACUCUAAUUAUUUGCCAUGGUUUGGCAGCUCUUGUUAAGUUUCAGCGAUCACGUCGUUUAUUAGGAGUUUGCUAUAUUGUUGUCAAGGUUUCCUUGUUAGUAGUGGUGGAAAUUGGUGUGUUUCCUCUCAUCUGUGGCUGGUGGCUGGAUAUAUGCUCUUUGGAAAUGUUCGAUGCCACUUUGAAAGACAGAGAAUUGAGCUUUCAGUCUGCCCCAGGUACCACAAUGUUUCUGCACUGGUUAGUUGGGAUGGUUUACGUCUUUUAUUUUGCAUCCUUCAUCCUUUUACUGAGGGAGGUAUUGAGACCUGGUGUCUUAUGGUUUCUCAGGAAUUUGAAUGAUCCAGACUUUAAUCCUGUGCAGGAAAUGAUUCACUUGCCCAUUUAUAGACAUCUCAGGAGAUUUAUCUUAUCAGUGAUUGUCUUUGGAUCAAUUGUACUGCUCAUGCUCUGGCUUCCUAUACGCAUUAUUAAAUAUCUUCUGCCUAACUUUCUUCCAUAUAAUGUUAUGCUUUACAGUGAUGCUCCAGUAAGUGAGCUUUCCCUAGAGCUCCUUCUGCUUCAGGUGGUGCUUCCAGCUUUGCUAGAACAAGGGCAUACAAGGCAGUGGUUGAAAGGUCUUGUACGAGCAUGGACUGUUACUGCUGGAUACUUGCUGGAUCUCCAUUCUUACCUACUUGGAGACCAGGAAGAGAAUGAAAACAACGCAAACCAGCAACCUAAUAACCAGCAUGCUCGCAAUAAUAAUGCCAUUCCAGUUGUGGGAGAAGGUCUUCAUGCAGCCCAUCAAGCCAUACUUCAACAAGGAGGACCUGUGGGUUUCCAGCCUUAUCGUAGGCCUUUAAAAUUCCCGCUCAGGAUAUUUCUUUUGAUUGUUUUCAUGUGCAUAACAUUACUGAUUGCUAGUCUUAUCUGCCUUACCUUACCAGUAUUUGCUGGCCGAUGGUUAAUGUCAUUUUGGACGGGGACUGCCAAAAUCCAUGAGCUGUACACAGCUGCAUGUGGUCUUUAUGUAUGUUGGCUAACUAUCCGAGCAGUGACAGUGCUGGUGGCCUGGAUGCCACAGGGUCGUCGAGUGAUUUUUCAGAAGGUUAAAGAAUGGUCUCUCAUGAUAAUGAAGACAUUAAUAGUGGCUAUACUGCUAGCUGGCGUGGUUCCACUUCUACUUGGUCUUCUGUUUGAACUGGUCAUCGUUGCACCUUUGAGGGUUCCUUUGGAUCAGACACCUCUCUUCUAUCCUUGGCAGGACUGGGCUCUUGGAGUUCUGCAUGCCAAAAUAAUUGCUGCCAUAACACUGAUGGGUCCCCAGUGGUGGCUGAAAACUGUUAUUGAACAGGUAUAUGCAAAUGGGAUUCGCAACAUCGAUUUACACUUCAUAAUCCGUAAACUGGCAGCACCUGUAAUCUCUGUUCUGUUGCUUUCCCUGUGUGUACCAUACAUCAUAGCCUCUGGUGUUGUACCUUUAUUAGGAGUUACUGCUGAAAUGCAAAACCUCGUUCAGCGACGGAUUUAUCCUUUUCUGCUUAUGGUGGUGGUUUUGAUGGGAAUUCUCUCCUUCCAAGUCCGCCAGUUCAAGCGCCUUUAUGAACAUAUUAAAAAUGACAAGUACCUUGUUGGGCAACGACUUGUGAAUUACGAACGGAAGUCUGGUAAACAAGGCACAUCAACAACUCCACCUCAGUCUUCGCAAGAAUAGAUGGUCAUAUUAAACAUCUUGACCUUCCCUUUGCCUUUACAUGUCCUUUUUUUCAUAGACUCUUCUUCAGUCUUUGGAUAUCUCUCCCAGUAAUGCUCUCAGCAGUGUUUUGGCUUCUGUUAAUAGCAUACAGAUAGCAGUUAAGGCUCUGUUCCUUAUCUGCAUUUCUCUGAUGUUAUCAAUGCUGUCUGAGGUCUGUAUAUGUGUAAAUAGAAGUAUCCUGACACCCUAAAACCUUGGAUUAAAAAGAAUGUGCAUUGUACAUCUUUAAAAAAGUAUAUUAAUUUAUUAAAUCUAGUUGUCACUUUAUUUUGGACUGCUGUUCUGUUGACAAUGUGCCACAAAGCAAUAGUGCAAAGAGGCAAGAUGUUUUUAUAAAAUUUGGAGCUUACUUUAUGGCAUUCAUAACAGUUCUUACUGUAGUAAUAUAGUAUGAGUUUUCAUGAGUGGAAAAGCCACACAGAGAAUAUCAGAAGUAAGUAACUGUCUUACAGUCAGCAAUGAAGUGGCUGUGGUGAGAACAUAAUGAACUAUGUAUCUUGCUGUCAAGUCUUUUUUAUUAUUUUGUAUAACACCAAAGCUGUUGUACAUUUUUCUAUUGCCUGAUUGUUUUUCAUGUGUCUGAGUUUGUAAUAUUGUACAGUUGCUGUUAAAUCAAGAAAAUACUUCCUCUUCUGAGAAUUCAAGAUGUACUUGUUGAGACUCAGCUGGGUGUUUCUGUUGGGGGGCGGGUGUGGGGGGAGGAAGCAAGGGGGGCGGUAUUGGCUUUAGGAAUCAGGAUUUCCUGAACUGAAACAGUAAACAAAAAAAUUUACUAAGGUUAGGUGAUGGAAGCAUUUAAAGGUACCAAGGAAAAUUAGA